AAGGGGCUUGGAGGAUGUGAAGUCUGAAAGUGGUACGCCAGCAUAAAUUUUUGAACCAGUGGUAUGUUGGUAAUUUCCGGUGCAUACAUGUCAAUUACGGCGUUAAAGCGAGUUGCCACUGUGGCUGCUGCAAGCUCACUGUCUGGGUUCGGAAACUAGAGGGGUUUCGAAACUAUGGCUGAACCCAAAUAAUCCCCAAAUCCUCAUCUCCUCGUGCCAAAGCCCUCGAAUUGAAAGAACCAUCCUCCUCCUCCAAAACCCUAGUUCUUCUUGAUGAUAAUAUGUUUUUUUCUCUGAGAAAUUUAUCCAAAUCUAGGGCCAGCACCAACUACCACUAUGUCUUCUCCUUGCUCAAUGCCAAUGGUUUUGUAAGCUCCGGUCCCUGCUCACCUUCUUCUUUCUGCUUUGGCCCUAGUGCUGCGUUUUCAACGACAUCAACCGCCUGCUUGAUCCAAGCCAAGGACGUCGUCCUCUCUUUCAAAGAAUGGUUCAAGAGCCGCAACGACGCGUUGUUCGACCACAUCUUCCAGAUCCUCAAGACCACCGGAGACGAUAACACCGUCCUCGACCUCGAGAACUCCAACGACUUGUCGUUUCAUUAUCACCACCGCUCCUCCGCCGACUUGGCGCUUGCCCAUCUGAACCUCUGCCUCUCUGAGACCUUCGUCUUGGAGGUGCUCCGCUAUGGUAGCAGCGGCCACGACGUCCUCUCCUGCCUCAAGUUCUUCGACUGGGUCGGCCGCCAGCCCGGCUUUAACCACACCCGCGCGACCUUCCACGCCAUUUUCAAGAUUCUUUCUCGCGCCAAGCUCAUGUCACUGAUGCUUGACUUCCUGUCCACGUACAGCAAGCAGAGGUAUGCGCAUAGGGUUCGAUUUCGCGACACUUUGGUGAUGGGUUAUGCUGUGGCUGGCAAACCCGACAUUGCACUCCAACUGUUUGGUAAAAUGCGCUUUCAGGGGCUUGACCUGGAUGUGUUUGCUUACCAUGUUCUUUUGAAUGCUUUGGUGGAAGAGAAUUGUUUUGAUGCUGUUCAGGUCAUUGCCAAGCAGAUUUCUUUGAGGGGUUUUGAGAACGAGAUCACUCAUUCCGUCAUGCUCAAGUGCUAUUGUAAGCAGAACUUGCUGGAUGAUGCUGAAAAGUACUUGCGUAAAUUGUUGUCUGACGGGAGGGCCGUCAAUGGGCAUGCCGUGAGUGUUCUUGUUGAUGCCCUUUGUAAGAAUAAUAAGUUCGAGCAGGCUGGGAAGUUGGUGGAGGAGUUUCAGGGCGCUGGGGUGGAACUCAUGGAGAGUGUCUAUGGUGUGUGGAUACGUGAUCUUGUUCAGGCUGGGAGGUUAGAUGGGGCGUUGGAGUUUCUGCAUGACAAGAGGUCAUUGGAAGGGUAUGUGCCUGAUACUUUUAGGUACAAUACUUUGAUAUGUAGGCUUUUGAGGGAGGAUCGGCUUGAGGAGGUUUGUGAUUUGUUGAUGGAGAUGAAGGAUGGUCAGAUUUGCCCUGAUAAGGUCACCAUGAAUGCUGCCUUGUGCUUCUUUUGCAAAGCAGGAAUGGUUGAUGUUGCUCUUGAGUUGUAUAAUUCGAAAUCUGAGUUUGGGCUCUCUCCUAAUAGUUUGGCUUACAACUAUUUGAUCAAUACUUUCUGUGGGGAUGGCAGCGUGGAUGAAGCAUAUGAAGUGUUGAAGAAUUCUAUAAAACAAGAUUAUUUUCCGGGUAGGAAAACAUUUUCUAUACUUGCAGAUGCUUUGUGCAGAGAGGGAAAGCUCGAUAAGAUGAAGGAGUUGGUUAUUUUUGCGCUAGAGCGAAACUUUAUGCCAAGUGGUUCCACAUACGAUAAGUUCAUUACAACUCUUUGUAGAACUAAGAGGGUAGAAGAUGGUUAUUUAAUACAUGGGGAACUCAACAGACUAAAUAAAGUUGCUAGAAAGAGUACAUACUUUAACUUGAUACGUGGUUUUAACGAGUCAAGUAGGGGUGAUAUUGCUGCCAGACUUCUGAUUGAAAUGCAAGAAAGGGGUCACUCGCCGACUCGUAACCUGUUCAGAGAUGUAAUUUGCUGUCUAUGUGCUACGGAAAAUCCAGAUAAGCAAUUUUUUAAUUUGUUAGAGCUGCAGUUGUGUUGUCGGGAACCUAGUUGUCAAAUAUACAACUUUUUCAUCUAUGGAGCUGGGCAUGCGAAAAGGCCCGAUCUGGCUAGACAAGUAUAUGAGACGAUGCAGCGAAGUGGGAUUGAGCCCAAUCUGAGAUCUGAUGUUCUUAUGUUGCAGAGUUAUUUGAGGAGUGAACGAAUUUCGGAUGCUUUGAAUUUCUUCAAUGAUCUGCACCAGAGAAGGGAAAUGGGGAGAAGAUUAUACAGCACAAUGAUUGUUGGUCUCUGCAAGGUCAAAAGGGUGGAUAUUGCACUUGACUUCUUGAAGGAAAUGAGAGAGAAGGGAGUGGUUCCAAGCGAUGACUGUUAUGAGUUUCUUAUACAGUUGUCGUGCUGGAAUCAAGGAUAUCAUAUAGCAGUAAAUCUCAUUAAUGACUUGGAGAAAGUUGGCCGCCAUAUUACAUCCUUUACUGGUAACAUACUUCUGUUGCAUUCUCUGAAAAGUCAAGAGCUCUACGACGCUUGGGUUCAACUGAGACAGGUGCCAAAUGAGAAGUCUGAUAGUUCAAUGCUUGGUCUGCUUAUUGGUGCAUUUUCUGGUCGUGUCAGGUUGAGCCAAGAUAUUGAGAAUUUGGAAGAAGUAAUUGAAAAGUGCUUUCCGUUAGAUGUGUACACAUACAAUUUGUUGCUGAGAAGCCUAAGCGAGACUAAUAUGGACCGUGCUUGUGCAUUGUUCUAUAAGAUCUGCCAGAAAGGGUAUGAGCCGAACCGGUGGACUUAUGACACCUUAGUACAAGGUUUUCUUAAACAUGGGAGGACUUCUGAGGCAAGGAGAUGGUUAGAAGUGAUGUACCGGAAAGGGUUUCAUCCAACAGAGCGUACGAAGCUAUUCAUUUGAUUGGUUUUCAUUGAAGUCACUAGUGCAGUGUCUGACAUUUACUAGACAUUACACAGUUGCAAAGUUUAUACAAGUUUUGCCGCAUGAUAAUAUAUUUCAUACCUUGGUAAGAUUGUAUAGAUGGAGCAUUUAGAUUUGUGUGAUUUUUUUUUUAUCAACUGCUAGCCUAAAGUUAUAGUGAUACAUGCUAGUUUCAAUUAAUUUCUUCUUCGUUGUACUCUGUUUGGUGACUUACUACAAAUCCAUUGCCACAUGUAUGAUGCACGGGCAAGACUAUCUGGCCAGAUUGCCUUU